AUGUUCCUUGCGAAGUGCGUUCGGGUGUUUGCCCCGCGCAGUUUGAGAUUUUACAGGGUGUUGGCGAUUGAGUCCUCGUGCGACGAUUCGAGUGUUGCCUUGCUGGACUGCGACGACGACGAUCACAGUGGUGGUGGUUUUGGGCAGUGCAGGGUUCUGUGCCAUUUGAAAGAUACCUUGGACAGUGCCAGCGCUGGGGGGAUUAUCCCCACGCAGGCCCACACGCACCACCAGAGUGCACUGCCGUGUCUCCUCGAAAAACUUGAGUUAUCCAGAAUCACGAACCGUCCCGAUCUGAUAGCAGUGACGAGGGGUCCCGGGAUGCUUGGAUCUCUGUCUGUCGGGCUCAAUCUGGCCAAGGGGCUGUCGUUAGCUCUGGGUGUGCCCCUCUUGGGCGUAAAUCAUAUGUUGGGACACCUUUUGGUUCCUCGGAUGACGGACCCCCGCAUCGAGUUCCCGUUCACGAGUCUGCUUGUCAGUGGCGGCCACACAAUGCUGGUGCACUCCGAGGAUAUCAUCAACCACAGAAUCGUGUGUGAUACGAUUGACGUUGCCGUCGGCGACUCUCUGGAUAAAUGUGGACGUGAACUUGGCAUUACCGGGAUCAUGAUUGGGAAAGAGAUGGAACGUUGGGCCCGCAAUGCGGCACAGGGUGAACGGCACCCUUUCAGGUUACCGAAUCCUUUGAGUGGGUUCAAUAAGGGGAAACUGGCCUUCUCGUUUGCACCAUUUGUCACCGCAGUGAAGGAACAACUGAAAUUGACCCCCUUGAACGGGACCGACACACAGAAGGGAGUCUUCGCGGGGCAAAUUCAGGAAGCAAUAUUCACUCAUCUAAUAUCCAAGAUCAGAGAUGUCAUGCGGAAUCCCUCAGGGAAUAUACGCACACAGGGUGCAAGAAGCUUUGUUUGUUCGGGCGGUGUCAGUUCCAAUGUUGAGUUGAGGAGAAGACUCGAACUCGAACUCAAGGACCACUUCGACAAUUUUUACUACCCAGAGGCCGCUUUGUGUACGGACAACGCAGUGAUGAUCGGAUGGACUGGUAUUGAACUGAUGCGGCACUUUAAAACCACGAAAAAUGUCCAGAUAUAUAACGAUAUGAGUAUGUUACCCGUGAGGAAAUGGGCGCUUGAUGAACUAGCCGCCAUAUCAGAGUGGAAAAAAGAAAAAUAUUAUGUAAAUAACAAUGAUUAUAUGAGGUAA